AUGAGGCCUAAUCCCGUCUCUACCUGCACGCUAAAGGUGAACAUUGUCCACCAUUUCAGUUACUGUCCUUGCGAGAAACCCAGCGAUUUCCGGGCGGAACAGUGCGCGGCGUACGACGACGUACCUUAUAGCGGGCAACUGGUGAAAUGGUACCCGCAUUACGAUCCGGCGAAGCCCUGCGCUUUGAUCUGUCGGGGCGAGCAAUCGGUGGAGAACACCGGGAAUCGGUUCCGGCAGGACACGUCCGUCGAGAAGAUGCUUCCGAGCGACGCUACCGAGGCCCUGCAGCUCGACAGCGACGAGACCAUCGUGGUGCAGCUCGCUGAAAAGGUGGAGGACGGCACCAAAUGCUACACAGAGGGCACCGAGGUUUGCAUCGCAGGUGAAUGCAUGAAGGUCGGCUGCGAUCUGCGAGUCGGGAGCAACAAGAACACGGACGCGUGCGGCGUGUGCGGCGGAAAUGGAUCGAGCUGCCAAUCGCGGUACUCGUGGAGUUUGGAAUCGAUAUCCGCCUGCUCGAAAUCAUGCGGCGGAGGCCUCAAGUUGGCGAUGGCGGUGUGCAAGAGCACCGAGCCUGACGAUACCGUGGUGGACGACAGCUACUGCGAUCCGGACAGCCGGCCAGGGAAGACCCGGAUGCCGUGCAACACGCACCUCUGCACUGCAAGAUGGGUAGCCGGCGAAUGGAGUAUGUGCAGCGCGAGCUGCGGCGGUGGAUCCAGGACCAGAGCCAUUUUCUGCACGGAGGAGAACGGCAAUGAGACUACAAAGCUGCCCGACCACAAGUGCAGCGGCGUACACAAGCCCCGCAACCAGGAGACUUGUAACACCAUCUCCUGCCCCAUGUGGGAGACCAAUAAAUGGAGCGAGUGUUCCGUGACCUGCGGCGUCGGCAUCAGGACGAGGACAAUCGAGUGCAUGGACGCGGCCGGCUCGAUCUCGAAGGACUGCGAUCCAGCAGAACGACCGCACACCGAGCAGGAGUGCAAAACAGGCGUCGCCUGUCCGAUAUAUGGCGAGGAAAUGACUCAACCCCUGAUGCAACCGUAUCCUCCCCCGCCGGUCUCGGAGAAGCUGAUCGACCAGCCGAUACCUUCGGAAUCCACGUUCAUCGCCGACCAAUGGUCGCCGUGCAGCGUCACUUGCGGCGAGGGGAUCCGACAUCGGGACGUUCGUUGCAAGAUAUUCCUCGAGUUCAGUCGGACCGUCGCCGAUCUGCCUGACCGACAGUGCUCCGGGCCAAAGCCGAUCGAGACGGAAAAAUGCGUUAUGGAACCGUGUGGUAUGCUGGAGAACAGCCUAUCGUACGGGAUCGACGCGGUCGGAGACAGCGGAUACGCGGAGCCUAGCCUGACCGACACCUACAGAUCAUCGGCUGGCGGUUCCAGCGGAAGUGGCUACGAUUCCGGGAUCAAAGUGGCUCCCGGAAGCGACGUGCAGACCACGUACUCGUGGAAGGAGACUGGCUACACACCUUGCAGCGCCACUUGUCUAGGAGGUGUGCAGGAGCUGCUAAUAAAUUGCGUGCGCGACGACACGGGUAAAACGGUGAUACCUCUGCUGUGUACAACGGAGACCAGACCGGAAGCGAGGAUAAGGGUCUGCAAUGAUCAUCCUUGUCCACCGAGGUGGAACAUGAGCGAAUUCUCGCCGUGUCUGAGCCCAUGCGGAAUCGGUAUACAGACACGGGAUGUCACAUGCAUACACGAGGUGAUACGUGGCUCCACCGGUAAAACGGUGCCCGUGCCGCAGAAGAUGUGCCCGCAACCACCGCCGGCCGACAGGCGAUAUUGCAACGUAUGGGAUUGCCCUCCAAAAUGGAGCACGGGUGAAUGGGGCAAGUGCUCGAAGACUUGCGGCGGAGGCGUGAAGAAACGGAAGGUGACCUGCGAGCAGGUGAUGGCCCAAGGACGUACGCAGAAUCGUGAAGAUCGCGAAUGCUCGCCGCAAAAGCCCUCAUCGGAGAAGCCCUGCAACACCAGAGCUUGCCACGACCUGGACGCUGGUUCUCUGCCGAUUAUCUCCAGUCAAAACACGACCUACAACCAGACCGAUCUGAACGCGAAGGUCGAUCUGAAGAUCGGCGGUGUCGCGAAUGUAUUCCAUGGAACGCCGUUCAUUAAAAUUCGAUGUCCCGUUAGAAAGUUCGACAAGACGCAGAUUAUAUGGACCAAAGACACCAAGGAAAUAAGGAAAUCGAGGAAAUACAAGAUCAGUAGGAAGGGAGCUUUGAAGAUAAACGAUAUCACAACCUCCGACACCGGCAUUUACGCGUGCAUAGCGGGCAAUUCGCACGCGGAGACGCAACUGAUCGUAAAGGGUCGAUCGAAGGAACAGAUAAGCAGCGAGGAAUACUUGCGACUGAGUAAUUCCGUCCAUCUUCAACAGAAUGCGAACCUGGACUCGGCGCCGGCGAACUCGGGCGAAAGUUUGUACACGGAUCGGGCUGCAGCCUAUGGGAACCGUUUCGUGCCAAUCGACAGCGAGGAUCUCAGUCACGAACGAGCGUUACCCAGCAACCCUACGAGAAAACCGCAUCAGAGGAAGCAAAAAACCAGCCCCACUCCGCCGGACUUCACGGACCUCCACAAAGAGCACACUGUAACCUCGCAGAAUCAGCCUGGAUACCACGAGUCCGUGGAAUCGACCGCAUCGUCAAGUGCUUCGACCCUCGUACCGCACUUAACUUAUUUUAUAUCGACCCUAAAGGAAUACUGGCCGUUCCAAGGCGAACCAUCCUCCGGAAGAUCCCACAGAACGGCUCCAGUGGCGUUCAUCGAAGACCCGCAAAGAGAGACACUGGCGACAAAACGCACCAUGCCUGAGAGAACUUCCGGUCUAGGGUACCAGGACGUGGAAGAGAACUUGGACACACUUUACCGGAAUACUGCGAUUCCGGACGAGAUUUUCGGCCCGGAUGAGGAAAGGAUAUUCAUCGAUGUUGAUCCCUAUGAUCUAGACGACUCCAUGUUCGGAUUACAACAGAACGGCCCGGUGAAGAUCACACCUGUUGCGAGCAAAAUUGGUCCACCGACGACGACGACGACGACGACUACAAGCUCCGGCAACGAUUACAUCGAGGAAUCCCUUAAGAACGUGAAGAGGCAAUGGCAAAGUCCGCCCGACAGUAAGAACCACUGGAACUCGACGCCGAGGGAGCAGGACAAGGACACCGCAGCGACCACCUCGGACGACAUUGGUUUAGCGGUGUAUUAUAUUCCGAACUCGAGCCCCAAUCACGGUACGAUAGAGCCACACGGAAAAAGCAACGAUCGAAAGCAGCAUCGCGACAGUUCCGAAACCGAGCACGUAUUCUCCACGAUGUCGCUGAAAGGAUUGGAGGAGGAGGCGCAGAAACCGGAUACCAGGGAGAAAUCUGAGAUUCUGAAUAGGACGGAGGAUUACGUGGAGGAACUCGAAGAGGAGAUGAAGAAACGAAGGGUCUAUGUGGAGAACGAUACCACUGAUGAUGGGGUUGCUGAAACGAGCACCAGGGACCCGGAGGAGGAUCUCAGCGAGCUGACCUUAACGGAAGAUAAAGUACUUCACGUGACGGAAAAAGGACAGGAGGACAGAAGUUCACCUGUGAAUGCAGAGGAUCGCAAUGGUUCCUCCGAUGAGGCAACCGAAGCGCAAGGACGCUCGACGAACGAAGAGGAAACGAAUAGAUCGUUGGAUCUCACCACGGUGGUUGGAUCGAACACCAGCGUGGAUGCUUCAGUUGCGUCGCUUGCUGUUUUAGACACUUCGGAUGACCUCGUAUUCGAGUGGGUGACGACGGAUUGGUCCAAAUGCUCUCAGACUUGCGGAGGAAGUGGAUUUCAGAUGCGUGGAGCCCAGUGCACGGCACGCUCGGCGAAACCGGUCGGUAAUUCGACUCGCACGCCCCCUAGAACGGUAAUAGGGGCGAAACUGUGCGAAGAUGCGGGACAUCCGGUGCCCCAGAAGGUGAGACCGUGCGGAUUCGGUAAAUGUCCGCAGUGGCACACGACAGCAUGGACGGUCUGCGAGACGUCCAGGUGUUUCAACUGGAAAACCGCGAUGCAGAGACGGGACGUUACCUGUCGUCUAGUCGAGGACGCGAGAAACGGUCAACAAAAUGUCACUCUGCUCGAUCCGAACAAAUGCGACGACACCACUAGACCUCUUCAGAGGCAAGAAUGUUACAACGACGCGUGCAAAGGCGUCUGGAGAGUCGGCGAGUGGUCAGAGUGUACAGCAUCGUGCGAAGAAGACGGUAUCAAAUACAGGAUCCUGCAGUGCGUUUGGUUUGGGACGAAGAAACCAGCCGGAAACGCAUGCAGGGACAUUCCACGACCUCCUGUCAUGAAGACAUGUAGAGGUCCACCGUGUCCUCAGACACCUGACGACUGCAAGGACCACUCGCAACUGUGCAGCCGAGUGAAGACGAUGAACAUGUGCAGGGUGCCGCUCUACCAGAAACAGUGCUGUCUGUCGUGUCGCUAGACCCGAGUGCUCGCUAGGAAAUUAUUGUUGUACGAAAGAAUGAAAAAAAAAAAACGGAGCAUAAAACGUUAGAUCGAAGUUGAUAGAAAGAAAUAGGCGCGCGUGAGAAGGAUAAGCCGAGAGAGAGAGCGAGUCCGAAGAUUAGCCUCGCGGUGUUCGUUGAUAUACGCUCCGAAUGUGUCUGUCCGAAAGUACGCGAACCUAAAGCGAGACUAGAAGGGAGAUCAGAUCUCGUUAUCGAACGUCCCAAUCUUCGGACACGUUCGUCGUACGCCGCCCACGAUAAGUCGUAAAGAGAUAUAUGUAUAUUCAUGGGAUCGACCAAAUUACUCCCGCUGGUAAUUGUCCCCCAAAAAUGUCCCUCUCCACUCGCACUCCCGUGACCUCUCGGAGGAACGGUAUUCUCGGCCGCUGAAUUCGUCCCGGCCCCAAUAUAAGAAUCCCGAUUCCUAAUUGUGCGCUAAUUAAAGCUAUAAUUCUCGGACGCGUGUAACGCGUUAGUUUGGCACCGCUCCUAAUCGCGCACGCUCACGCCAUCGGACAGAAGGGUGGGGGGAGGAGGAAGAACGAGGAAAGCCUGGCAUUCGUCCAAAAUAAAAAGAAAAAAAUAAAGAAAAAGUUGAAUACAAAGUUGAGAAAUUAUUAUUGUUGAAGUUCAAUGAGAAAUGGGAAUGGCAGGGGAACGUAAUUGUGUCCUGAAAGGAUUGCGAAUGAUAGGAUUCGCGAGAGAGACGAGCUUUAAAGAGCUGUUCAACUGUUAGGGUGAAAAUGUUAAUGGGGUGGUAGGACUGGGAGGAACGGAACGGUAUAUCUCUGGAUCGCGGUAAAGGCCAGCACAAAAAAAAUUCCAUUCUUCGAGGCUUUAUUUUUUUACGUAUACUCUCCGACGACGCACCCGAUCCUCGAUCGCUCGGUUCGGUUCCGGAUUACCCGUGGCGGGAUCGUUUAUACGAAGACUGAGAGAGACUGCGUUGCGCUUCUUCUGUAAAACAUUGCCGGUG